UCCCAUCCUGGGAGCGGCACCCACCCACCUGCCUGUUCCGUGCGCAUGGCAGGCCAUGUGCCCGGAGCUCAGCUCCUUGGAGGAGGACUCCUGCGUCGUCUCCUGCAGCACCGAUGACGACUGCCCCCAAGGCAUCAGAUGCUGCCCCAGGAGCCCCUGCAGCCGCUCCUGCGUGUUCCCCGUCAUGGCACCUUUGCAAAAGGCUGGCCGCUGCCCCCGGGUACCUGUCCCGCUGGCCCCCGAGCCCUGCUCAGAGAGCACCGAGUGCUCUGUGGACAGCCAGUGUGCAGGGAGCAGGAAGUGUUGCUUCAGCACGUGCGCCAUGCGGUGUCUGGACCCUGCGACAGAGGACCCCCUUCAGUGACGGGCUUCCCCAGGAGUCCCUGGCUGCCCGGAGUGACCCACCUGAGCCUGCCUGGCGAAAGCCUUCUCUCUCGGAUCCAGAAAGCCCAAGAUGUUUCCUACCUGCUGCUAAUAAAAAC